UCCCCCUUUAUGUGACAUACAGUAGAUGGUGCAUCGAUUGCACAUAGACGUUUGCUUUCCCUCUCGCUGGCUCAGUCCUGUGCGGGGAGGAAGAGGAUGGAUCGAGACGUAUCUCUCUGCUUUUCAAGCUACCUUUCCUCAUGCUGAACUGCUGUGAGGAGCCUGUCUGCAUUCUCUCUCUCAUCUCGGAAGAUUCUGCUAUAGAGAUGUCUGGUGAGAACAUCCUGUCUUCUCCAGAGAUCUGAAACGGGCAUUAUGUCUCAGCUCUUGCACAUGGAGAUUCCAAACUUCGGCAGCACUGUUCUGGACAGCCUGAAUGAACAGCGGCUGCUGGGCCAGCACUGCGAUGUGGCCAUCAUGGUCAACGGACAGGCCUUCAAGGCCCACCGCGCUGUUUUGGCGGCCAGCAGCCUCUAUUUCCGUGAUCUGUUCAGCGGUAGUGCCCAGACACUCUUUGAGCUGCCCUCGUCUGUGGCCCCAUCCUGCUUCCAGCAGAUUCUGUCAUUCUGCUACACAGGCCGGAUGACGGUGAGUGCCAGCGAUCAGCUGAUGGUCAUGUACACCGCAGGCUACCUUCAGAUACAGAACAUCAUAGAGCGAGGAAUGGACCUCAUGUUCAAGGCCAGCGCUCCAUACUGUGACUCGCAGACAUCUGCCACAGACGAUCCCCCGAGCCCAAACAACAACAACUCCUCCCUGUUGCUAGGCGACCAACCCACAACUGUCUGCAAGAUCAAGGAAGAGAAGCUGGAGACCCUGGUGUGUGCUCAGAAUGGGGAGCUAAAGUACUCUGAGGAGGACAGGAGACCUAGGGGCAGAUCUUCAAGGAAUGGCACUCUUUUUUACACAAGUGGGGGCAUAAACGGGGUCAUACCUGUGAUGCAUGCUUAUGAGCUCUCGACCCGAGAUCAUGCCAGUCCUGGUGCCUCUAGCCUCCCGACCACAGACAGCCCAACUUCACACCAAAAUGAGGAGGAGGAUUUUGAAGACGACUCGUACGAGAGCCUGACAAAUGGGAAGAUCUUUGGGGGCUCGUCCGGGAUCUUUGGCAUGAAAGAGAAGAUGGAGGUGUCCUCCCUGCCUCUGUCCUUGGAGAACCGUUUCUGUGUGCUGUUAGGAGGAGACAGAGAGGCUCUGCCUGCCGGACUCAUCAGCCAAAUCGGCUACCGUUGCCACCCUGCUCUCUACACAGAGGGCGACCCUGGAGAGAGACAGGAGCUGAUUGCAGGAUCUGGUGUCUUCAUGACUCGUGGGCAGCUGAUGAACUGUCACCUCUGUGCUGGGGUCAAACACAAAGUCCUGCUGAGACGCCUCCUAGCUGCUUUUUUUGACAGGAACACACUGGCUGACAGCUGUGGGACUGGAAUACGUUCCUCAAAUUGUGAUCCGAAUCGCAAACCACUGGACAGUCGCAUACUCAACACAGUGAAACUCUACUGUCAGAACUUUGCCCCUAACUUCAAAGAAAGUGAGAUGAAUGUGAUCGCCGCAGACAUGUGCACCAAUGCCCGGAGAGUUCGCAAGCGCUGGCUCCCCAAGAUCAAGUCCAUGCUUCCAGAGGCAAUCGAGGUGUACAGGGGGACUGCGGUCCUGAGCCAGGUGGAAGGAGCUACCCAGCCAGGCAGUGGCUUUCCCUUUGAGUCAGAGUUCAAACACCUGGCAGCGUCAAAUCUGACUCUGGAGCAGCAUCUCUAUGGAGACUGCAGAGAGACACUGAGGAAUGGCUCUCACUUCAAUAUGGAAGAGAGGUCCCAAAAAGGUAAAGAAGUCAAGACUGAGCCAAGCCGAGCCAAAGAGUCAGACAACCUGCAGGAAGUUGAAAAGCUUCCGGAAAGUCCCGAGAGGGCGGCCAGUGUGCUUGCCCUCAACCCUGCCAGCAAGAAAGGGGAAAAAGAGCGUGCAACCAGCAGCCCCAUAUCACAGAGAGAGGAACAGAACAGACAGAGACCACUAAAAGACGAUCAGUGACUUCCUCCAUUUCAUAAUUUCAUACUAUUAAAAACUGGUCUGCAGCUUCUCACACCAAAAAGGAUCAAUAUCAGAAGGCGGAUCUCCCAUGCCACUGAACAUCACAUUAAAGCUGCAUGAUCAUGGGAACUGGACAUAUAACAUUUUUUCCAGGAUAGACUGAAAAACAUCUGCAUUAAAUUUAGUUGUGAUUACAAGUUUACCUACCCCUUGCAGAAUCUACAAUUUUU